AUGGCCGGGGCGGGGGAGCCGCCGGCGCCCGCCCGCCCGCUGCCCUGCGCCGAGAUCCCCUCGUUCGCGGCGGCGCGCGGCCUCGUGGCGCGCCGCUACUCGUGCCUCGUGGUGACGCCGCGCCGCCGGCACGUCGCGCUGCCGCCGCGCUUCCUGGGCCGCAAGCGCAGCGGCAUCCGCGCGCAGCUGGACGCCGAGCUCCUGCGCUACUCGGAGAGCCUUCAGGGUGUGCCCGUGGCGUACGACAACAUCAAAGUCGUGGGCGAGCUCGGGGACAUUUACGAUGACCAAGGGUUCAUUCACCUCAACAUCGAGGCGGACUUCAUCAUCUUCAGCCCAAAGAAAGGGAAGAAACUGGUGGGUGUAAUUAAUAAARUAGCUCCUAGUCAUAUUGGCUGUCUGAUACAUGGAUGCUUCAAUGCUUCUAUCCCUAAACCUGAACAAAUGUCAGUUGUGCAGUGGCAAGAGUUGGGGUUAAAAAUAGGGGAUGAAUUGAAGUUUCAAGUAUUGCACUUAGAUUCUGAUGCAGCUGGAGUGUUCUUCAUUCGUGGAGGACUGACUAAAAACAGUUUGAAGCCCAAAAGAUCUGAGACGGUCACUGAUGGUGGUGCAAAUGGAGAUGAAAUUCAAAAUGGAGAUGAAAUUCAACAGCCUGAAUACAACGAAGGAAUACAAGAAAAUGGUUUGAUUGACCCUGGGGGAGAAAUUGUUUCAGAAUUGCCUCUAGAUGAUACAGAUAAUACUGCGAGGGAAAAUGCAGAAGAACAAACAGUUGAUGCUGUAAAUGGAAUAUGUGAAGAUAAAAGCAAGAAGAAGAAAAAGAAAAAGCAUAAGCAAGAACAGGAAYGUGUAUUGCCUACCAGUGACUCUAGUGGUUACCAAAGUGACCAUAAAAAGUCAAAAAAAAAGAAAAGGAAGCAUUGUGAUGAAGCUGAAGAAACUGAAUUACUCCAACUGUCACAAGAACCCAAAGCUAAGAAGAAAAGGGACUAAAGUCUGAAGUGCCUUUCUUGAAUAAGUUUUCAGACAUUUUUGGU